ACUACCAGAAUUGAAGUGUACUGCGGGGCCAAGGCGCACUUGCAGACGCCCGUGCCGACGGACAACAACUCUGGAGAAGCUGCAGUGCUGCGCAACAUGAAGGCGCUAUGCCCGCCGUCGCCAACUUCCCCGUGGCGACUGGUGAUCACAAACAGGUUCUACACGUCGGUGAAGCUGGCGCUGGAGCUGCUGCAUCGCCGGCUGUACAUCACCGGCGCGACCCAGACGGACCGGUCCGGCUACGCCAAGAACGUCAUCACGAAGAAGAAUACCAAGCAGGUGAACAAGCGGAAAGUGAUGGUGCCUCCGCAGGGGACCACGAAGCUAGCGGAAAACAAGCAGUUCCCUCAAUUGACGGCAGUCAUGUGGAUGGACCGCCUUCCGGUGCACAUGCUGUCGACAGGAGGCAGUCGACGCACCAUCUCCAUCCGUACGUAUGCUCUUACUUUCUACAAUGGAUCGAUUGCUAAUCUAUCUAAUGAUGUAUGCAACAGUGCGCCGCAUUCAUGGCUUCAUGCAGUCUGUUCCGGCGCCAGAGAUAGUUCGAGACUAUCACCGCUCAAUGGGCGGCGUCGACGUUCAUGA